AUAAAAUGUAACAAAACAGAAAUAAUUCAUACCUGGAGAGAAAAACAUGAAUAUAUGUUUUACACCUGCGGGGACUUCUAAUUAUGUGACUCUCAGAAACAUUUGGAAGUUAGUCAACUUUAUAAUGUAACAAUUCUCAGGGCUUUUUAAAGUUAAAGGGUUAAACUAUUUAAAUGAGUGAUUAUAAUGUUUCAGCAUACAGUUGAAUAAUCUGCUGGGAGGAGCCAUGUGGCUGGGAGGAGCCAUGUGGGAGGAGAUGGAAAUUCUACACAACAAGCUGUAGAAUUUCACAGAUCACUUAUGUACGAGAUGCGCCACCCUUUCUGGGAAAUUAAUAUGGGCUGAUUAACUGUUUCUUGUGAACUCGCUUCUGGGAAUUAUAUCACGUUUGAGUAGUCUUUUAUGCCAAUUGGAGAAAAACUGAAUUGUAAAAAAAAAAUUAUAGUCCUAACUUUUAUUAACAAUGCAGGUAAAAACAAUGUUUUUUUUUCCCCUCAUUUGUUCAUUUAUUGAGACAGUGAACGCGUGUCACUGUUUUAAAAAGAUACAAACUGAGUUAGUAAUAAAUAGCUCAUAUCUUCAACUUUCGACAUGUUUAGAUGUGUGGCCGCCAUGCUGGAUAUCAUUAUACAACAGGUUCUAAUUUACUUAUUAAACAGAAAUAAAGCCAGAGUAUAAAGGGGUUCGCUUUAUUGGCACUUCCUGUGAGUGGUCUGGAGUAUAGACGAUCUUUGAUGCCGGUGUAAACUUGACAUUUCGGGCAUACGUUUAGAGAAGCCCAACUUGCUUCGGUGAGGCGUGAGUGUCGCGUCUGUUUGCUUAUGUAUUUUAACCAAAACUGGGACAGAAUGCAGUUACUAAGCAGAAGUAGCAUACAGACUGCUGGACGGUGAGGUAUAAAACCAAUAUGGUACUAGCCGUUACUUGACUUUAGCUCAGCACCUGCUAGCUGCUAAUAUUAAACACCAAGUCACGAGAUAGUAGUACUGGAAUGACUAGGAAUUACCUGCUCUUAUCGCCAUCCUUGAAAAUAGUUUACGGCGCAUUGAAAUACUUCAGUUCUUGAUAUUUAGAAGAUACGCUUGAAGGAACCGGAAGCAAAAAUUAUUUCAAAAUAAGAGUUUACGUUAGAGAUUGAGAUACUUAAACCACGGUCUUUUUUUUUUUACAAUGGGAAAAUGUAAAUGAAAGUUGCCAGAAAAGUUUUUUUUUUUUAAAUUAAAUUUCAAUAGUUUAGCUUUAAAUAAUUAGUCUUAUUUUUUAAAAGUUGCUAUUUGUCCGGUCAGUAAAGCUUCGGGAGUUCUAAACUGCGUCUCAAUAAUCAGCAUGGGUAUCUGUGCACCUGUCAUCUGCACUCUCCUGUACGUUGUCCUUGACAGUGUCAUCACCACUGUCCUAUACAUCAAUGGGACAGAGCUGUCCCUCUUCAUACGUGAUGUCCUGGACUUUAACAUCCUGAGCUCCGCCCUUGACCUGUGGGGCAUUGUCCUUUUCCGAGCAUCCCUCCUGCUGGGUGCCUCCAUUGGGGUUUUAUGGAACAGAGAGGACGGCCCGCCCAGGGUCGCCCGGGUCACCACCGUCAUUCUCCUCUUCUGCAUGGUUGUCAUCACCUACACCUUGGCCAAACUGCUGAUGCUGACCGAGGUGGAGCCCCUCAGCCGGCAGCCAUGGUUUCUGAGCCUGAUGGGAUGGACCUGCGCCUCCUCCCUGGGUGUCGUGCUUCUCUGGAGGCAGCUCGGGAGGGUUUCCAGCUCCGUGAGCGGGCUGGACGUCAGGAACAGCCGUGGUGGAGGAGGAAGGGUCUCCGAGGACACAGAGAAGCUGGUGGAUACAGCUGGUGAAGAGGAGGAGGCUGGAGGGAGGAAGGAGAAAGAGGAGGUCAGCUCUAGGGCUACAUUGGGACGCUUGCUCAGCUACUGUAGAAAGGAUGCUGGACUGCUUUCCUUAGCCAUCCUCUUCCUGCUCAUCUCUGCAGUGUGUGAAGCCUUCAUUCCAUUAUACUACGGGAAGGCCAUAGACAGUAUUGUGGUUCACCAGAGCAUGGAGUACUUUGCUAAACCUGUAGCCACAUUGGCUUCACUGGCUUUGGUCAGCUCGAUGGCCAUUGGAGUGCGAGGAGGAGUCUUCACCCUGACAUUUGCGAGAUUAAACCUUCGGCUGAGGAGCCGCCUCUUCAGGACCCUAAUGACGCAGGAAAUUGCCUUUUUUGAUGAAAACCACACUGGGGACAUCCUUUCACGCCUGUCAGCAGACACCACCCAGGUGAGCGACCUCAUCUCCCAGAACAUCAACGUGUUUUUGCGGAGCGUCAUCAAGGGCACCGGCUUCAUCAUCUUCAUGUUUCGGAUGUCCUGGAAGCUCACGCUGGUCACCAUGAUGGGAUUCCCUUUCAUCGCUCUCGUCUCCAAGCUUUACGGCGAAUACUACAAGAAACUGACCAAAGAGGUGCAGACAGUCCUUGCAGAAGCUAACAAGGUCGCCGAAGAGACCAUCUCAGGCAUGAGGACAGUGAGGAGCUUCGCCAAUGAGAGCGGGGAGGCCGACUCCUAUUACGCCAAACUCUUGGUUAUGUUUCAGCUCAACAAAAAGCAAGCCCUGGCCUAUGCCUGCUACAUGUGGUCCAGUUGUAUAUCAGAGCUUGCUCUUGAGGUGGCUGUCCUCUACUACGGAGGCCAUCUUGUACUCACCGACCAGUUGAGCAGCGGUGGCUUGAUUUCCUUUUUUAUUUACAUGCUGGAGCUGGGAGAAUGUUUUGAGAGCAUUGCGUCAGUCUACACUGGCCUCAUGCAGGGGGUUGGAGCAGCUGAGAAGGUGUUUGAGUAUCUGGACAGGAAACCCAAACAUCCAGCGGAUGGCACCGAGGCUCCAAACUCCUGCACUGGUCUGGUUGAGUUUAAAGACAUCACCUUCGCUUAUCCAACACGACCAGAGACUGACGUCCUCAAGGGAGUGUCGUUCACUCUGCGGCCCGGAGAGGUGACUGCCUUGGUGGGGCCAUCAGGCAGUGGAAAGAGCUCCUGUGUUAGUCUGCUGGAAAAUUUCUACCUCCCUCAGGGAGGCCAAGUGCUGCUGGAUGGGAAGCCUGUUAAUGAGUUUCAGCAUGACUAUCUGCACUCCAAGAUUGCUUUGGUGAGCCAAGAGCCUGUGCUGUUUGCCCGGACCAUUAAGGAGAACAUCUCCUAUGGACUGAGUGACGUCUCUAUGGAGAUGGUGGUGCAGGCCGCCACCAAGGCUAAUGCUCAUGACUUCAUCACCAGCCUCCCCAAAGGCUACGAUACAAGUGUUGGGGAGAAAGGCUUGCAGUUGUCUGGGGGACAAAAACAAAGGGUGGCUAUAGCCAGAGCUCUCAUCCGCCAGCCACGUGUCCUCAUCCUGGACGAAGCCACAAGUGCUCUGGACGCAGAAAGUGAACAUAUUGUUCAGCAGGCCUUGAACAGCAUCAUGCAGGAACACACAGUGCUGGUGAUCGCCCACCGGCUCAGCACGGUGGAAAAGGCCGACAACAUCAUGGUGAUCGACAGGGGUCAAGUGGCCGAGCGGGGGACCCACAGUCAGCUGAUGGCCACCGGCGGCCUCUACUGCAAGCUGGUGCAGAGGCAGGUCCUGGGCAUCGAGACUGGGACGGAGGUCCUCAAUCCGUCGGAGACUGUCCGGUGGAAGUCUGACAGAGGGAGGAGGAGACAAAACAGCGGCAGCAGCGGGAGCGAGUCAGAGCACAAUAUGCGCUACUGAGAUCGAGCAGCAGAGUGCAAAAUGUUGUCAACAUGACAGGUGAAUGAUAAUCAGGCUGGUCUGGGCUACUGUGACAGGAAACAAAACCCUAAAAGUCAAAGCACUCCACUGAAUCACCAAAGAGAUUGUCACUUUAAAGGUUCUGUUCAAAAUUCCACGUCUUCUUACUUAAAGGCUUUGUUAAAGUACGUUAGUACAGGCUCUCAACAGCGUACAGUGUAAAAUAAAAUAAAAGCAAGAUAAUUUCACAAUUUUUCUAUAUAAAUUGACAGAUAUUUUGCACAAGGUCGGUCUUGAUGCAACUUUUUCACUUCCGAUACGAUACCGAUAUUGCAGCUUUGAGUAUGGACUGAUACCGAUAUUCACUCUAUAUGAUAACAGCACAAAUUAUGACUACUUUUAUUACUUCACAGUAAUAAAAGCAUUUCUAUCCAAGCACUGCUGGAUAGACAUGCUGGGGGCGGACUAAACUAACCAUGUGCAAUAACCCAGUUGUAUCCUCAAGAGCUGGUGUGCUGCAUGUUUUAGAUUAUUCUCUGUUUCAGUGUCAGAAUAAAACUAAACUGUUUAUUAUGAGAACAUAUAGAAUAUGAUGAGAAAGUAAUUCAGCCAUUAAUUCAACUGUGUUGGACCUGUACAUUUUGAGAGCAUCUGUUCAUACAAUGUUUUAAUGCACCACAAGCCUUGAAUGAAUGUUCACUAAAUGCUUUAUCAUCUUAAAAAAAGGGAUGUGUUGCUGUCAAUGCACUUUUUUUUUAGCAAUACCUCAUCGAUAUGUCACUGUAACUGUUAUUUCCUUUGAAGCUGUCUAGCUGUAUUUUAACUUCUGUUUAUUUAAUGACAAUGGUAAAAAGGUGUGAUUGUUAAGUAUGUAUAAAAAAUUUUUAAUCUC